AUGUCGUUCCAUCCCCAGACGCCUCAGAGUCCAUCGCAAUUCUCCUCCGGCACCUCGGAGCCCGCGUUAGGCGUGGCCACCUCGAUGACAGCCACGGCCACGGCCACCACCUUGCCGACUCCCGCCCACAGCGUCAGCGGAAGCGCCUCGCAUCACGACGUCGUCAUGGCCGACGACUCUCCACACAAGCGGAAGCGCUCCGUGGAUGACAGCGGUGAUCGCGAGCAGAAAAAGGUCCACGUCGAGGAAAGCAAGCUGGGCAUUGAGGACCUACAUCUCGAUGUGGGGAAGAAAUACCUGCUUUGCCAAACUCCUCAUCUGGAAUCGCUACCGCGUAUAUCCGAAGACUUGUACGACAUGUUUAACCUCACCGGACUCGCCGCCGAAGUGGCUCGAGAGAAGCCAAACGGAGAGAAGAAUGCACUACGAUCAUCCUACACCGGCCACAUUAAGCGCUUAGGUAUCGCUGGUCACUUCAAGGUGCAAAAGGUUGAGAACAGAGGCGAGAACGAUCCUCAAGAAGAGAGCGACUUUGCCCAGAUCCUGCAUCUCGGCGAUGAGGACUGGAGCAACUCAUUUGUCCGCGGCCGCGAGAUUUCGCUCGGACUAUCACAAUCAUCCCUGUCGAGUCUAGGACGAGCAGUCACCAUGGCCAAGGGUUCGAUAAAGAAGGACGUAUGGGAUACAUCAGUCCUGGGACUGCAGUCCUCAAACGGAGAGCUGAAGCAACCAUCUUCGGCAAGGCCUACCGCCCCCAACACUCCCCUCAACGUUCCCGGCGCUGUAGGACGACUAAAGGCUCAAGGGGCCUCGGCAAACGAUCCCAACAGGCCGCGGCGGAACAUCAAGAAGCGAACAUACGGCGACAGCAGCUUCGAGGGAUACGGAGAGGGAUACCCUGAUGAUGACAAUGCCAUGGAAGGUGGAUACUCAACAGGAGAGGGAGAAGGGAGCCAGAAGCGGCGCAAGAAGAACCCUGGCAACGCCUCACCGUAUCCGAGCGCUAUGCGGCAACAAAGCUACGGCCCCGGCAUGGUUGGCGCUUGA